UCACUACUUCAUCUGAAGGAAGGUGAAUGUCAUCAACUUCGUCGUGAUCUUGAACGGCUCACUCAAAUAAGAGAGACACUUUUGGCAGAGAUCGCUUCUUUAACAGCCCGGUCGGAACGUUUGGCCCGGAUGUCCGGUAUAUCUCCCGACCAAGAGUCUUCCAGUUUCGUACCGGGCACCCAUCUGGACGAGAUGGAAGAACUGCAACAUCGAUACGAUUCUCUUUUGGUUAUUUUCGGCAAGGUGAAGGAAGAAAAUCUGGAACUGCGAAUGGACUUAGCCGAUAUGAAGGAAAUGUACAAAACACAA